AUGAUAAUUUUAUUACUGCUACUAUUAUGGUUGGGAAGAAUUACUGUUGGUAUUGGCUUUCAUGAUAUUCCGGGUAUUUAUUGUGGGAAACGAUCACCAACAUGUUGCCCGAAUCGUGAUGAUCAAUGUACAAUGGCAAUUCUUGGCAAUCAUCUUUGCUACUGUGAUAUGUUCUGUGAUCGAGGCGAAUAUGGCAAUGAUUGCUGCCCAGAUUUUAAGGCAGUUUGUCGUUACAGUCAACGGACAUUAGCGCCAGAUUGCAUUCAUGAUGGAAUAACAUAUUCAGAAGGCGAUACAAUCACCAGAAAUUGCAAUCAAUGUACUUGCACUGAAAAAGAAUGGAAAUGUGAUCAUGAGCCAUGUUUGAUUGAUGAAAAUUUACUGCUAAAAAUUCAAAAUGGACGAUAUACAUGGACAGCAAGAAAUUAUUCGGAAUUUUGGGGACGUACAUUGAGAGACGGAAUACGCCAUCGUCUUGGUACACUUUUUCCGGAACAAAGUGUUCAAAGUAUGAAUGAAAUGAUUGUUAAACCACGCGAAUUACCAACAAGUUUUGAUGCUCGUCAGAAAUGGCCUAAUUUUAUACAUCCAAUUCAGGAUCAGGGUGAAUGUGCUAGCUCAUGGGCGCAAUCGACCGCGGCAACAUCAGCUGAUCGUUUAGCGCUCAUAACAGACGGUCGACAGAAUGUUUCACUUUCAGCUCAACAAAUUCUCUCCUGUAAUCAACAUCGACAGAAGGGUUGUGAAGGUGGUUAUCUAGAUCGAGCAUGGUGGUACAUUCGAAAAUUUGGAGUAGUAAGCGAAGAAUGCUAUCCAUAUGUGAGUGGAAUUACAAAAAAGCCUGAAAUAUGUGAAAUGCAAAAGUCGAGACAUACUGAGGGACGUGAAUGCCCAAGUGGACACGCUAAUUCACGUGUGUACCGUACUACGCCAUCGUACAGAGUUUCAAGCAAAGAGAAAGAUAUUAUGUCGGAAAUUUUAACAAAUGGACCAGUUCAAGCAACUUUUCUUGUUCAUGGCGAUUUCUUCAUGUAUAGUGGUGGAGUUUACAAGCAUUUACCAGCAGUUGAAGAAAAGGUCGAAGGUUAUCAUUCAGUACGACUUCUUGGAUGGGGUGAAGAUCAUUCGACCGGAAUUCCGAUCAAAUAUUGGAUUGCUGCUAAUUCAUGGGGUUUAAAUUGGGGUGAAAAUGGUACAUUUCGUAUUUUACGUGGUGAAAAUCAUUGUGAAAUUGAAUCAUUUGUUAUUGGUGCAUGGGGUAAAGGAUUUAAAAAACGUCGACGUUUGCUUAAAUUACGUAAAAUACGGCGUCAUUUCAGGAUGCUAUAA